CCGCCCGUCCCCUGCCCAUUUUUGUGCUUCACCUCUUACAUUACAUCUCUCUCAUCUUCAUCACCGAAAUCGCCAACAUUCAGAUCCGUAGGUUUUUUGCUUCUUUCGUCGAUCGAUAUGUCUUACGAUUAUCUCUUCAAAUACAUAAUCAUCGGAGACACAGGUGUGGGAAAAUCUUGUCUCCUAUUGCAAUUCACGGACAAGAGAUUCCAGCCUGUCCAUGAUCUUACGAUUGGUGUCGAGUUUGGUGCUCGGAUGGUCACAAUCGACAGCAGGCCCAUCAAACUCCAGAUUUGGGACACGGCUGGUCAGGAAUCUUUUAGAUCUAUCACUCGAUCGUACUACAGAGGAGCAGCUGGAGCACUAUUGGUUUAUGAUAUAACCAGGAGGGAGACAUUUAAUCAUCUACUCAGCUGGCUCGAGGAUGCCCGGCAGCAUGCCAAUCCCAACAUGACAAUCAUGCUCAUUGGGAACAAGUGUGAUCUUGCCCAUCGGAGGGCCGUCAGCAAAGAGGAAGGGGAACAAUUUGCAAAGGAGAAUGGGCUUAUAUUCAUGGAGGCAUCAGCAAGAACCGCCCAAAAUGUUGAGGAGGCCUUCAUAAGCACCGCUGCAAAGAUACUUCAGAAGAUACAAGAAGGUGUGUUCGAUGUGUCAAAUGAGUCAUCUGGCAUCAAGGUUGGGUAUGGCCGUCCACAAGGGCCAGCAGGAGGUCGAGAUGGAACUGUUGCUCAGAGGGGAGCAUGUUGCAGCUGAUAGGAAUCUGUAUCCGAUCAUUUUAUGAAAUUGAUCUUUGGCUGUCCUGUAAAGAGAAUCUACUCUCUUCUUGCAAAGUCAUGUAAUCUUCAGUAACAUCAAAUGUAUAGGCGUUACUUGAACAAGUGUUGAUAACAGUAUCUCCUUUUGAUUCGAUUUUUUUUUUCUUUCUGAAAUGAUCCUCUUUGGGUUGGAUUAUAGUUUUUCAGACAAAGGUUCUGAAGCAUGGUGUUCGACUUCUUGCAUUGCCCUCCUGUGAGGAUCAUGAGUUGGCAU